CUGAAGAAGCCUAAGAAAGAGGUAUCAGAAUACUACAAGAAACAAAAUGAAUUGUUAGAGAACUUCAAGCAGGACAGUCAGCAAAUCCAGGUGUUUCAACGUGCACGUACGCGACAACGGUUGCAACCAUCGACAAGCACGGGUGCCGAAGGUGUGAAAGAAGAAUUUCAUCAAACAGGACAAACUGGAAUAUGUAGAGAACCAAGAGUAGAUACCAAACCUUCUUCAGUAGAGGAUACGACGGCGCCACUAUUACAAAACAAAGAUGGUGAUGUGGACGUUGAGCGUAGUGAGAAGCGGCAUCAGGUCGAUCGUCCAAGUAGCAGCAAGGUAAAAAUACAAGAACGAAAACCAUCAGACGCUUCAGACGUCUCAGUUUUGGCAAAACAUGAGGCUGCAUUGGAUGCUGUUAAAGCAACGUCAAAGGCAGCUGCGAGUUUAGCACACGCCACUUUACUGGUGAAUCUAUCGCUGAUGAUUGCAAAAGCUGUUGCUUCAUAUUUAUCCGGAUCCAUGUCAAUUUUGUCAUCUUUGGUGGACUCAUGCGUUGACAUAACAUCAGGACUGGUCAUUUCAAUCUCAACUCGAAUGAUUAAGAAGCGAGAUCCCUACCUCUACCCGAGAGGACGGACGAGACUUGAGCCGCUAUCGUUGAUCAUCAUAAGCGUUGUGAUGGGUGUCGCUAGUGUGCAAUUGAUCUUCGGGGCGAUAAGCAGAAUAGCAGCUGCCUAUCAAUAUCACGCAUAUGGUGUUGGAGAAGAACCUGUGUUGGAUGUAUCGCUUGUGACAGUGUCAAUCAUGGUUACCACCGUUGCUGUAAAAUUUAUUCUGUUCUGCAUAUGUCAGAAGUAUAAAUCGGAUCCGUCUAUAAAAGUUCUUGCUAUGGACCAUCGAAAUGACUGUUUGUCAAAUACAGUGGCACUUGCUUGUGCGUGGUUAGGAAAAUUGUAUUGGUACUAUUUGGAUCCAAUAGGGGGAAUAUUGGUGUCGCUAUACAUUCUCUAUACGUGGGUGAACACCGGUUGGGAACAUUUAUCAAAGCUUAGCGGCAAAUCGGCCAAGCCGGAGUUUAUCAAUCGCAUCAUCAAGGUGUGCAUAGAUCACGAUCCACGAAUUUCGCAUCUAGAUACGGUCUAUGUAUAUCAUUUUGGCACAAAAUUUUUGGUAGAAGUUCAUAUAGUGUUAGAUGAGGACAUGCCACUGAAAGUUGCACAUGAUAUAAGCGAGACUUUACAAAUUAACAUCGAGAGUUUGCCCGAGGUACGCAUCAUUUACAUUGAUUGGUUUAAAUGA